AUGGUUUCUUCUUCAGAAGAGCACACCGCUGCCGGCUCGCGGCAUCGUGUCGAUCUUUCGUCGCCAAACACACGGCCCGAGGUCGUCAGGUGGAAGCGCAUUCUAGAGACCGAGGGAUCAAGCUUGGGCGUCAUUGCGCCAAGUGCGUCGGGAGGCUCAGGGGUUGAGGGCCAGAAAGAGUCCUGCAGCGUGGUAGAGUCCGCACAACCCAUCAACCAACCCUGUGUCGCUCGCGCGAGCUGCAGAGGCACGCAUCGUGGUUCAGGGCGCGCCCAUGGCCACCCAGCCACUCCCCAUGGACCCUGCCGCGUCACUCACAAUCACCACGAUCCAGAUACAGACCGUUCCCCCACAAGAUUACCCAUAGCCCGCCCCGCAGAGUCGACUCGGGUUGGUGGGCGUGCAGUCAAGCUUGACGCCCGCCACCAGGUCGGGGUUGCUCUUACCCCAGCAGCAGCAAGGGAGCAGGUUCGUACCCUCAAUGGACGCCCGGAGUGGCCCAGCGCCCCACGGAACAAAACCGCAGCCCGCCAACAACUCGCCGGCUGCCUCCAAAAGAACACCAAACCUCAAAGAGCAGUCGCUCCAAUUUUUCUUUCCGGCACCGCGUCAUCUGCUUUUGCUUGCAACAACGCCCUGGCUCGUUCACAAGACAUGGAUAACUCUAAUCAUCCAGCGCCCGUCAUUUCUUCAUCGUUGCGCCGCCACUCCUCACCCGUCACCAACAGCACCAAUAACAUGAGCCCCCGCUCCCGCCGCGCGUCAGCGCCCUUCUCCAGUCGCAGUCCCAUCCCCACCCGCCGCAAUUCGGCACCCGCCUUUCAUCAGACCCUCGGUGGACUUGUCCAGGUGGCCUACGACAAGAACUUUGCCCUCGCCCGCGAGGAAGACACUCCGCUUCGCAAGAUGCUCUUGCAGCGCUGCAUGUGGCGUGGGCUGCAGGAUACCUUUUUCCGCCCCGGCGUUGACGUCGAUGCGCUGGCCGCUACCCCCAUCAGUGACUUUGACAGCGAGCUGCUCGACACAUCCGACCUCGAUGGCGAGGCAGACGACGAGGACGCCGACCCGCUCGAUGACUUUGAGAUGCACACCAGCAGCCCCUUGGAGGUUCCCUGCCCCUCGCAUUAUCGACCCACCUGCGUCGAUCACGACGAGGCCCAUAGCUGCGAUUCGGCGCUGGGCGACAUGUCCUACUGCGACCUCGAUCACCCGGCACAUGCGCCACACGUCACAUUUGACCUCACCGAGGCCAAAGGCCACCAGCAUAGCCCCGGCGCCCACGACCCCGAGGACUUUGAGCUCUCCCAUGCCUACUCCGUGCAGUCUCAGGCACCGCAUCGCCACGUUAUCAUCUCUUAA